GGCGAGCGCUGUCAUCCGCCGUGGUGCUGAAGCUGGUGGUGCUGAAAGGACAGCUCCACGCGCGCCUACACAGCGCCGUGUCCACCUGCUCCCUUUGAGCCGAGCUUUAAGAUUAAAGUAAUGCCCGCACUGUCACUCUGCGCCUCAGGGUGAAAUAUCGCCUUUGCACCAAAUCCCUGUGUUUGACAGAGACAAUACCAGCCAUGUCUGCUUUGCGUCCUUGGAGUGCAGAAACACACAACUCUGGAGGAACACAUUUCGAGCAGGAGGCUCUGAAGAACAUGUACUGUUUCUGCCGAGAAAGGGUUGAUAGCUACUCUGGAGGAGCUGAAGGCGUCGUACCGAAGGCUGUGCAUGCUCUACCAUCCCGACAAGCACCGAGACCCGGAGCUGAAGAGACAAGCCGAGCAGCUUUUCAAUCGAGUUCACCAGGCUUACGAGGUGCUAAGUGAUGCUCACUCCAGAGCCAUCUACGACCUCUUUGGGAAGAAAGGACUGGAAGUGGAGGGCUGGGAGGUUGUGGAGAGGAGGAGGACACCAGCAGAAAUUCGGGAGGAGUAUGAACGACUACAGAGAGAAAGAGAGGAGAGGAGGCUGCAGCAAAGAACUAAUCCUAAGGGCACGAUCAGUGUCGGUGUGGAUGCAACAGAUCUUUUUGACCGCUACGAUGAGGACUUCGACGAGCUACCAGGAGGAGGUUUUCCUCACAUAGAAAUAAACAAGAUGCAUAUUUCCCAGUCUAUAGAGGCUCCUCUGACAAACAACGACACAGCAAUGCUGUCAGGUUCUCUGUCCACGCACAAUGGAAGCGGAGGGGGCAACAUUAACGUGACCGUCCGCAGAGUCCUGUCCGCUAAGGGAUGGGGGGAAGUUGAGUUUGGAGCUGGAGACAUUUUAGGACCUCUCAUUGGAUUGAAAAUGUUUCGCAACAUUACUCCGCGGUGUUUCCUGACAGCUCAGUGCGGGCUGCAGUUUUCUCCUCGGGGCCCGCGGCCGAGCUGCUCUCUGAUGACGGCACGCCACUUGGAUCAGAACACAAUGGGCUAUCUGCAGUGGCGCUGGGGGCCCACCAGUGCCAUGACCUCCAGCCUGGUCAGGGACACAAAGAGCAGUCACUUCACACUAGCUCUACAGUUAGGGGUGCCACAUUCGUACCUCAUGAUGAGCUACCAGUACAAGUUCCAGGAUGAAGACCAGACCAAAGUGAAAGGAUCGCUAAAAACUGGCUGGUUCGGCACUGUGGUGGAAUAUGGAGCAGAGAGGAAGAUCAGCCGACACAGUGUCCUGUCGGCCACAGUCAGCAUGGGUGUCCCACAGGGAGUCACGCUCAAGCUCAGGCUGGCGCGUGCCAGUCAGACAUACCUGUUUCCAAUCCAUCUGACUGAUCAACUGCUGCCAAGUGCCGUCUUCUAUGCCACCGUGGGACCUCUGGUGGUCUACAUGGCCAUCCACAGACUGAUCAUCGUCCCGUACACACAAGCUCAGAAGGAACAAGAGCUGGAACUGCAGCGGAAAAGCUCAGCCACAGACAUCGCCAAGAAGAAGCAGGAGGCAGAGUCUGCUGUUCUGCUGAUGCAGGAGUCUGUGAGGAGAAUCGUAGAAGCAGAAGAAUCCAAAAUGGGGCUGAUCAUCCUGAAUGCCUGGUAUGGAAAGUUUGUGUCGGAGACCAGCCAGAAGCAGGAGAAAGCCCGGGUGAUCGACGUGACCGUGCCACUGCAGUGCCUGGUCAAAGACUCCAAGCUCAUUCUCACCGAGGCAUCCAAGGUAGGGCUGCCAGGCUUCUACGACCCGUGCGUGGGAGAAGACAAGAGUCUGAAAUUACUGUAUCAGUUUAGGGGCGUCAUGCAUCAAGUCAUUUCUGCAGACGAUGAGGCUCUACGGAUACCUAAGCAAUCUCACAGAAUAGAGUCCGAGUCCUAGGGGCCCACUGCUGUUGGAGUACCAGAUAAAUCAGACUUGCAGUGUUUGCAGAAGAAAGCGAGAUGAGAAGAGAUGCAUCAAAAAUGAGUUUUCUAUUCUCCUCUGGCCUUCCUCCUUUGUGAACUAAAGUUUCUUCGCCUCUUCCUGGACGUCCGUUCCCAGUUUCAGCAGAGCGCAGGAGUCGUCUCUGAGGCCCUUCUGUUGACGUCACCUGGCAGAGCGGCGCACCUGUCUGCCCACCCCAAGAACGGUGACACCUCUCAGUAACGAGUCACAAGUGGUUUUCUUUUUCUGACUUUUAUUGCGUUCUCUGUGCACCGUCAUUGUAGCCUUUGUCCUACAUGUAGAACAUCCUGGUAGUUAUGAGGAUUACCUUUUCCAGUAAGUCUGUCUGCAAGACGGCUUAUCUAAAGCAGAUGCUAACACGGAACAGCUGGACUUGUGUUUUAUUUUGAAGGAUUCUUCGUCUGAAUUCUUGGUUUUUGUGACACGUCUACCUGCUGUUUAGACGUUUACCUGUGCAGCGGAUGACAGAAGAAAGGGAAAUAACCUCCCGAGUGGAAAAUUCCCUUUCAAUGUGAGUGAUCCGGCUAAACAACAAACUCUGUUCCUGUCCAUUUUUUUUUCUAGGUUGCAGAUAUUCAGCUGGGAAAUGAUUGGUGUUGGAGUUUUAUUGAGCUUUUCUGCACAACUGCAGCUAAAACUAAAUUUUCGGUAUUUAUUAAUUAUUAAUUUACCUAGUUUAUUUAUUUUUACUUGGCUGGUGUGCAUCUGCCAAAAACCCCAGUGAUAAACAUAAAUAUUGGUAUGGAUUUUACGACAUUGUUGUCGGAUGCAUCGCUAGGACAGAAAACAUCAGCACUUUAGUUUGUUCUGAAGGAAAUUCCUGCAGAUGAGCCUGACUUUAUUCAUUCAAUCACUUUUUUGAAAUUGCACACAGUCCAAGCACAUUCUGGCUUUUCGGAUUGGCUAUAAAUAAACAAACCCAACAGUUGUUGCGUUUUAAACCUUAAAACUCACAAAAAGUCACAUUUCUCACAGAGCUUUUGUAAUAAAGUGUCUGCUGAGUUAUAAUUCACAGCGUUCAAUUCGUGUGACGGUUUUUUGGCACAAAAUUAGGCCUUUGAAUGAACCUCUACAAUGUACUUAAGUGCAUAUCGACAUGUAAGAAGUGAAGUUUCAAAGAUGUUUACAAAAAACUAAAUCAAGUGAAAGAAUUGAUUUGUCUUCUCAGUCAGCUCAUUGAUCUAAGAAGCUGCAUUUUACACAGUUUUGCUGAAUUAACAUCCACAUGCGGAGGAUGAUGGCAGAGUUUUAUUCUUAAAGUUCAGUUUUCAUGUCAUUUGAGACUAUUUUAUGAGGCUAAUUGUAACUAAAAUAGGGGUGGAGCCUUUGAAUGUUGUUUUUUUUGUAAAAAAGUGUCAGCUUUCAUCUCAUUCGGAGGUCAUUUCUGUAGCAUCUCCCCUCCACUGUUUUUGUCCUUUAUUCUGUAAAGAGGGAUUGGGCUGCUUUUGCACAAGCGGCACCAUGAGGCGAGUGAACAAACUGCCCUUCAUGUUCCCCGUCAUCCACACUGGUUCACCUUAGGUAGGUGGUAUGUAUGGUUUUAAGUAAAUAUGUAUUCUAACCUGGAAAAAUACAAUAAAUAUGCAAUAUAUGGAAGAAAAAAAAAGGUUCUAGGCUUUGAUUAAACAACCAUUUCAGAAGGAUUGUACUUUAUAACACUGACAAAACGUAGAGGUAAAAUGGUAACUCUUUAUUUACAAUACUGUACAAUAGUUUCACAGAAACAGUUUGCAACACUGUACAGACGAGGCUUUCUCAGCAAGGGGAUCCAGAAGUGGAAUAAACCAUCACAAUAACCGUCGCUGACAUUACGAACGCUCCCGGCUUUAGGACACAAACCAAAACGUACAUUUUGUGCCGGAUUCAAGUAAACAAAAGUAACCUUUGAAAAAUCUUUCCAUUUCAGUGAUUGCUGGUUCAAACUCUUAAAUGAACGUUGGUAAGAAAAAAACCAGACUACAGAACUCUGGAAGCUCGGGUCUUUCUGCAAACUCAAUCCUUCCAUGUGUCAGAUGUGUCCUGGUCAAGUCAUGGAUUCUGCAUUCUGUGGUGAAAAUCUGUCCCUUUACAGUAUGGCUUUUGUAUUUACCGGCAGGCCUGACAGCAGGUGGCACAUGUAUGAUAAAGCCUCAAGUCUUUGACACAAAAAAACAGAAACACAGCAAUAAAAGUCCCAAAACGUUUCUUUUUAUAACAUUAACUUUGUGUGGAAGAUUAAUACUGUAUCAAACUGAGGUGCUUUGAGACUGAGAUCUGUUAAAAAAUAAAAAAAACCUGCUUCCA